AUGCAGGCGUCGGUCGGAUUACUCUACGUUCAGGCAAUCUGCUGCCUUCUGCAAUGUCUACUGGUAUAUCUGACUGAUCAGACCUGCACCACCUUGUCUUCCCCAAGCUGUGUCUUCGGCCCUAUCAAUGGAGGCGCUUCAGAGUUUCGUGUUGAAGUCCAUAAUUGCUUUCAGGUAUCUUUCGCUCACCUAAUUCCUGCGUUUCCUUUGCCAGGAUUACUAUAGAUUUAUGUAUUUACAUUAGAUGGAUCUUCAUGACGGGUGGGAUUGUGUUCUGAAUGAGUGCGGCCGUCCUCAACGGUUGAAUCAGUGGCUUUUGCUUAAUUUGAUGUUCAAUUUGGUCUGGUUCUUGCUGUAUAUUGGUCUCCCCUCGUUCAAUUUGGUAUGAAGGUUGAUCCCCAUCUAAUCCUUAUUGCAGUACACAAGUCUUAUUCAAUUGUUCUGCGAUGUCAUCUGCCGCGGAUGGUUAAUUCUGGGUGUGUGGGGCCUGUACAACGAUUGGUAUCUCCCGUGGAAUCUGGAAUUCCAUCCCGUUUUCCCCCACUCGUGCAUUUACAUGGCCGUAAGAACUCUUUUACUAUUAAUUAUGCAACAUUAAUGUAAUGGCUUUCUGCAUUCACGGCUGUUUUUCAGUGGAUUCAUUUGAUGUCUUGUCUGACCGUAGCUCUGUUGUUCUACUCUGAGCAGAGCAACAUCUACAUCUUGAGCUCGGCCAAUUUCGGAGUUUAUCAGAUUAAGGAUGAUGAUCGAAGUGCUGCGCAGUUUGACCACAAGAAAACCAACAUGCAUCUCCCGGAUGUGGAUGUCAGUCACGUAUAA